CAGAGGGCGCGCUUGAUGAGUCAUCACGCAGUCAACAUGGCGUCGGAGCAAACGACGGAGGAACAGUCCGAGCAGAAAAUCAGCAAACGCGAGGACUGGAAGAAGAAGAAGGAGCUAGAGGAGGCCCGGAAAGCGGGAACAGCGCCCGCAGAGGUCGACGAGGAGGGAAAGGACAUCAACCCCCACAUCCCCCAGUACAUCGCGUCGGCUCCCUGGUACUUCUACGGUCGGGACGGAGAGAAGCUCCCCACGCUCAAACAUCAGAGACCACAGCCAGAGAAACAACUCUCCUUCAGCGACCCGGACAAAUGGUUCAAACGAGGAGUCAAAACAGGCCCUGUUGCUACAAAGUUCCGGAAGGGAGCCUGUCAGAACUGUGGUUCAAUGACACACAAGAAGAAAGACUGUUUUGAGAGACCACGUAAGGUCGGAGCAAAGUUCACAGGCGACAAGAUUGCGCCCGAUGAACACAUGCAGCCGGACCUGUCCUUUGACUACGACGGGAAGCGUGACCGCUGGAAUGGCUUCAAUCCUGAGGAGUACCAAGCUGUGAUCGAUGAGUACUCCAAAGUAGAAAUGGCUAAACGACAGUUGAAAGAGCAGAAGAUGACUGAGGACCUGCUGGCUGGGAAGAUCAGUCAAGAGAGGAGAGAUGAAGACCUUGAGGAAGACAGCAUGAGAAGAGAGGGAGAUAGUGAUGAAGAAGAUGAUGAAGACAAGUACGCUGAUAACAUCGACAUGGCUGGACAGAAGUUUGACUCCAAGAGAAGAAUCACAGUGAGGAACCUGCGUAUUCGAGAAGACACAGCAAAGUAUCUGCUGAAUCUUGACCCCAACUCAGCGUACUAUGACCCCAAAACCCGCUCCAUGAGGGAGAACCCGUACAAGAACAAACAUCUCGAAGAGGUAUCCUAUGCUGGUGACAACUUUGUCCGUCAGACAGGAGACACUGUGAAGAUGGCCCAGGAACAGUUAUUUGCCUGGGAGGCAUCAGGAAAAGGCACUGAUGUGCAUCUCCAGGCAGACCCCACCAAGUUGGAACUGUUACACAAGGAGUUCAAGGUCAAGAAGGACGACUACAAACAGAACCAGAAGAGCAGCAUCCUCGAAAAGUAUGGAGGAGAGGAACAUCUAGAAGCUCCACCCAAGCAGCUCCUCCUAGCACAAACUGAAGACUAUGUGGAGUACUCCAGACAUGGUACAGUGCUGAAGGGACAGGAGAAGGCUGUAACCAAGUCCAAGUAUGAGGAGGAUGUGCUGAUCAACAACCACACGGCCAUUUGGGGUUCGUACUGGAGAGAUGGCAGGUGGGGAUACCGCUGUUGUCACUCCUUUGUCAAGAUGUCCUACUGUACGGGAGAGGCAGGGAAACAGGUGGCACAGAUGGAGAUGGCAGACAUGGAACUGCGGACAUUUGGAGAAGAAGAAGAAGAAGAGGAGGCACCAAAGUCACUUCUUGAGCAACACCAGGAAGAACUGAAGAAGAACAAGAAGAAGAAGAAAAAGGAGCGCCUGGAGGCUGAGGAGAAAGAGAAGAAAGACAAGGAAAAGAAACUGAAGAAGGCUCUAAAGGCAGAAGAAGAGAGAAACUUGACGUUCCAGGAGAUGAUGAAGUUGGACGAGCGAAAGCGCCCGUACAACAGCCUGGCCGCCGACUCUCACGAGGUCACGGAGGAGGAGCUGGAAGCCUUCCGCAUCAAACGAGCAAACUAUGAUGACCCCAUGAAAAAUAUGCUGGGGAAAUAGAGAACAAUUUCAGCCUGGAAUCAGACUAAUAUCUACAAAUAUCUGUUACAUGUAUGAUAUUGAAAGUUCAUCUGUGCUGGUAGAAAUCAUUAUGAAGCAAGUUUAAACUGUAAUUUCCAACAC